CUCCUCACGCCCUUCGUGCUCUCUCUCCUCUCCUCGCCAUACCUCACUCGCCUCCUCUUCCUCCUCCUCUUCUUCUUAUACUGCUUCUUAUAGGUUGGUCGGGGUUGGGAGAAGAAAAAGGGAAAGGUGGAGGGGGCGGAGAUGGGGCGGGAGGAGGCGCUGCAGAAGAGCCUGGUGGCGCUUGCCGCGCUGAUGGCCGUCGUCGGGAUCUGGACCUUCUCCCUCAAGAAGAUGCUGACCACCUACGCCUUCGGGAUCCUGGGGAUCGCCGGGAUUCUCUUGCCCGACUGGGAGUACUUCGACCGGGACUUCUCGCAGUGGUUCACGCCCAUGCCCGCUCGGAGAACCCCGGCCACCGAUCGGGCUCCCGGCAGCUGGAGAUUUAAGUUAUACCCUCUAAGGGUGGUAAUGAUCACCCUGAUCUACAGCUUUGGUCUGUACAAGUGGUGGAUGUUCGUGUCAAGCUAAUCCCUCAGCUUGCUAGCUUAUGAGGAGUGUUUUAGGAUCAGGCCAUGUUGUUCUUAUUUUAAUUAUCGUGCAUCAGGAUUUGCCCCUAAGAAGACAUGCAAUCCAGUUUUAGUUGAACAAUGUUAUAUUGUGACCCUGGCUUCGCAUCACAACAAAUUGAUGUUUUUGGCUUGUUUGUUUUCCUUUUCUUCUUCAUUAUAAUCCUUGCACUCGAGCCCAGUGGAGGACUUGGCUCGUUAUGAUGAUGUAGCAGAUAUCUUUCCCAAAGCUGGCUUAACUGGAGUGCUUCUCUGCUACGAGCACCGGGUUUGUAAAGGAACUCAGGAUCAUUUCAUAUUAGAUACAACUUGAGGUAAUAACAUCAGGUCUGUAGCUUUCUUGUGC